AAAUCCGACAUUUUCCUCUUUCUUUUCACGCCCGUUUCCACUCGGAAGGAACUCAAUCUGGAACUAUAGCCAGCUCACUUAUUACUCACAGUGACACGUGCAUUCCGCGCCCUCCUUUCUCGCUACCACCACCAUCACUGCGACUUGCACAAAGUACUGUCCAACUGGCAACGAACAAACUUAUAUCCUAUCUAUACAUCUAUAAAUACACAGAAUACCGAACAUAAUGUCCUACGGACAGCCUUAUAACCAGCCCUACGCACAAGGCGCAUACCAGCAACCCCCCUACGGCACUCCCGGUCAGUACAUGUCCGCCUACCCCCCACAACAUCAGCAGCAGCAACAACAUGCCCGUCGGCCAUCCACCAACCCUGCCUAUUCCGGGCAAUACCAGUACAACCAGCCCGCGGGAAGGGACGCAUAUGGUCGUACGGGGGGAAGAGGGUAUCAGUCGGGUGCCCCACCCCCGGUCGGUGCGGACCCCCAGCUUUGGCAGUGGUUUACCGCUGUGGACGUCGAUCAGAGUGGGGCUAUCAGUGCCCAGGAACUGAGGCAGGCGCUGUUGAAUGGGGAUUGGAGUAACUUCGACCUCGACACGGUAAAGAUGCUCAUGACGCUCUUCGACGUCGACCGGAGCGGCACGAUCACGUUCGACGAGUUUGCAGGUCUUUGGAAGUAUAUCCGUGAUUGGCAGAACGUGUUCCGGCAUUUUGACGCCGACCGUUCCGGGUCCAUCGACGGUCGGGAACUCAAGAACGCCCUCGAGCAAUUCGGCUAUCGACUCACGCCCCGUAUCCUCCGUCUCCUGGAGGUGAAAUACGCCUCUCUCCCGCGAGGCGAGUCCCGCGUGAACCUUCUUCCGGGGAUGACGUUCGACCGGUUUGUCCGCGCCUGCGUCGUCGUCAAGCACCUUACGGACGCGUUUCAGCGGAUGGACGAGGAUAGGGACGGCUGGGUACAGAUGAACUACGAGACGUUUAUGAGUGUUGUUUUGACUGCGCCUUGAGUGAGCUUGCUGGGAGUGAGGGUUGGGGGGUAAGUUAUUGCCUGGGGAAACGCGGGUUUGGAAACAGGAUUUGAGUGUACACGUAGGGGAAAACAUGUUAUUCCCCAAUUGAUUAUUUAUUGAUGCGAUGG